AUGAUGGCGGACAAUGCCACAGGCAAUGCCCACAUUCCCUGGCCACAGCUUGGUGUGCCUGACAUCGUGGUCAUCAGCCUGUAUUGUGCCCUGAACGUGGCUGUGGGCAUUUGGUCCUCCUGCCGGGCCAGCAAACACACUGUGCGUGGCUACUUCCUGGCAGGCCGGGACAUGACAUGGUGGCCGAUUGGAGCCUCCCUCUUUGCCAGCAGCGAGGGCGCGGGUCUCUUCAUUGGCCUGGCAGGCUCAGGUGCUGCGGGGGGCCUGGCCGUGGCAGGCUUCGAGUGGAAUGCCACGUAUGUGCUGCUGGCCCUGGCCUGGGUGUUCGUGCCCAUCUACAUCUCCUCAGAGAUCAUCACCAUGCCUGAAUACAUUCAGAAGCGCUUUGGAGGCCGGCGGAUUCGAACAUACCUGUCUGUCCUGUCCCUGCUUCUGUCUGUCUUCACCAAGAUAUCGAUUGACCUGUAUGCUGGAGCCCUCUUUGUGCACAUCUGCCUGGGCUGGAACUUUUACCUCUCUACUGUCCUCAUGCUGGUCAUCACGGCCCUGUACACCAUUGCAGGGGGCCUGGCUGCUGUCAUCUACACGGACACCCUGCAGACGCUCAUCAUGGUGGUGGGGGCAGUAAUCCUGACCAUCAAAGCUUUCGACCGGAUCGGUGGAUAUGAGCAGCUGGCAGAAGUCUAUGCUCAGGCUGUUCCCUCCAGGACCAUCGUCAACACCACCUGCCACCUGCCACGUGCAGACGCCAUGCACAUGUUCCGAGACCCCCACACAGGGGACCUCCCAUGGACAGGAAUGACUUUUGGUCUGACCAUCUUGGCCACCUGGUACUGGUGCACCGACCAGGUAAUUGUGCAGCGGUCACUGUCAGCCCGGGACCUGAACCAUGCCAAGGCAGGCUCCAUCCUGGCCAGCUACCUCAAGAUGCUGCCCAUGGGCUUGAUCAUCAUGCCAGGAAUGAUCAGCCGUGUGCUGUUCCCAGAUGAUGUGGGUUGCGUGGUGCCGGCAGAGUGUCUUCGGGUCUGCGGGGUGGAGAUUGGCUGCUCCAACAUCGCCUACCCCAAGCUGGUCAUGGAGCUAAUGCCUACAGGUCUGCGCGGGCUGAUGAUCGCCGUGAUGAUGGCUGCACUUGUGUCCUCUCUCACCUCCAUCUUCAAUAGCAGCAGCACCCUCUUCACGAUGGACAUUUGGAGACAGCUGCGCCCCAGAGCUGGCGAGCGGGAGCUGCUGCUGGUGGGACGGCUGGCGAUUAUGGUGCUCAUCGGUGUGAGCGUGGCCUGGAUUCCCAUCCUGCAGGGCUCCAAUGGUGGGCAGCUCUUCAUCUACAUGCAGUCGGUGACCAGCUCCCUGGCACCCCCUGUCACUGCGGUCUUCCUGCUGGGCAUCUUCUGGCCACGCGCCAAUGAGCAGGGGGCCUUCUGGGGCCUGAUGGCAGGAUUGGCAGUAGGGGCCACAAAGAUGCUGCUGGAAUUUCUGUACCCGGUGCCCCUCUGUGGCAACCCGGACACACGGCCGGCUAUCCUGGGCAGCAUCCACUACCUGCACUUCGCCAUCGUACUCUUCACUCUCAGUGCAGCGGUGGUGGCUGCCGGGAGCCUGCUGACCCCAGCCCCACUGGAAGGGCAGAUUGAGAACCUUACCUGGUGGACUCUGGCUCCAGGCCUGGCCUCAGGAACUAAAGCAGAUGAUGGCCAAGUACCCAUGAAAUAUGCUUUCUGGGCACGUGUCUGCAGCUUGCAAGCCAUCCUUCUCAUGUGUGUCAACGUGUUCUUCUACGCCUACUUCGCCUGA